AUGAUGUGUAACCUGCUCCUAUCAUGGACCUUCCUGCUGGUAGCCUCUGGCCCGCUAUUGGCCCAUCCCAUCACAGACUCUGCAGAGAUGCCCUACCUGGGUCCUGGUGAGUAUCGGAUCCUCCACCCUUAGAAACGUACUCAACAGACCAAGCUGCUGGGAAAGGCUGUUGUACUAUGAGGUUAUUAGGCAGUGUAGUUCAAUAGUCACAGAUGUAAAUAAGGCCUGUGUGAGUCUUAAUUGAACUUCAAUCUUGAGGAUUACAAGCAAGUUGUAAUCAGUGACCUUCUGUUAUGGUAUAAUUGCUUUGAGACCUGGUUGAUGUGUCAAAGUGUAAUUGUGUCUGAGAACUGUAGUAGUGUUAAUUUGAAUGUGCAAUAUGCUGUUUGCUUAUGGUGACAAUGUUUCAUACACUUUUAAUGCCAUCAAAGUGUUGCUGCUUCUUUAGUUAUUAGUCAUUAAUCAACAUGGUUGGACUAACAUAAACACAAUUGUUCCUUUAUCAUUGAUUAUUCAGUGGAGAGAGAAGAGCCAGAGUGAAGAGCCAAAGUGUAUGUCUAGACUAGAUUGCUGCGUGUUGACUGUGUGUUGACUGUGUUUUGACUGUGUAUUGACUGUGUGUUGACUGUGUUUUCACUGUGCUCAGUAUCUCCGGAGGAUGGUGGUGCAGGUAGUCCAGACGAGCUGAAUUUCUCUGAGCAGACAUACCUGCCCCAGUCUGGCCCUGGACUCAGAUACUCAUCCCUACUGUCUGGAGAGCUGAGAAGAGACGGUGAGAUCACACAAACUAGUUGGUAUUGUGCCUAAACAGUUACAUCAUAAAUGUAUAGACUGUGAUAAUUCAGUUCAAGAUAAAUAUUACAACAUAUCCUCUCUCACCCUUCGUCUCCCUCAGGUCUCAGUGUAGCUGGACUACUACCAAGACAGAUGAAGACAGAUGUGAGUUUUUUAACUAAUAGAAGAUAAGAAGCAUAUAUUGAGAUACUAUCAUGUUUUGUUUUGGGAGCACACAUGAUGUACUACAGCAGAAAUUCUUCUCUGUUUCAGGUGUUGUUGGAGAAACAGAGUCACCUAAAUCCCUUCAGCCGCUUCUUUGGCAUCAGAAAGCAAUUCAGGAAGAGAGGAGGCAAUUCAGAGUGUUUCUGGAAGUACUGUGUCUAA